GCCUGGUCCACUUCCAGCCUCUCCGUCUUCUCAUCCUCCCCAAUCUCGAAAGUGGAAAAGCGCUUCGUGAAGGUCUGAACUCUGAACACGCACACAGAGAGCUCAGUCGAGCGCAGCGGCAGCGGCGGAAGGGCGCGAAACUCCUUUGACCGAGAGGAAGAUCAGAGACCCCAGACGACCGUACGAACUGGAGAUCAUGGUGAAGGAGGAGGGGAUCGUCGCGGACGCAGGAGGAGGAGGGAGAGGCGGCUACCUGGACAUGCUUGGCCUCGGGGAGGACGCGGCGGCCAUGGCCGACUACUACUUCCUCUACCCGUCGCCUUCUUCCUCCUCCUACGUCCACUCCUCCGCUAUUUCUACCGCUCCUUCUGCUGCUGUUGCUUCUCCGGGCUGCGCAUCCUACCUGCAGCCUCCUCCGCCGCCGGCGGCUUACCACAACAUCCUGAGUUUCGGCGGCAACGCCUUCGGGUUCCAGUACCACGGCGGCGCUGGCGGCGGCGGCCAGGCGAUUCCGGUAGCUGUUCCGCAGAAAUCCAGCCCGACUGCAGAGUGCUCCUCGUCCAUCUCCUCCAUGUCGUCCUCGCCCACCGCCACCGCCGUCUCGGCCAUCUCCAUCUCCAAGCCAGAGGCCUCCAAGAAGAAGGGAUCGAGAAGCAGCGGUCAGAGAAAGGCUGACGCACCUGCCGUUGCCGCUGCCGUUCCUGCGAACAAGAGGCCCAGGGUGAGGAGGGAGAAGCUCGGGGAGAGGAUCCAGGCGCUGCAGCAGCUAGUUUCUCCCUUCGGCAAGUCCGACACAGCUUCCGUCCUGCACGAGGCCUUCGGCUACAUACGCUUCCUGCACGGCCAGGUUCAGGCGUUGAGCUCGCCGUACAUGCCGUGCCUGCCGUCCUCUGCGCGUGGCCCGGCGGCGGCGGUGGAGAGCAGCAGCGACCUGAGGAGCCGGGGGCUGUGCCUGGUGCCGGUCGCGUGCACCGAGCAUGUCACCAGCGGCGUCGCCGACGUCUGGUCCUCGUCCGGGCAGCAGCAAGAUGAGAUGCUGCAACUGGCCUGAAGCUCCAGUCCUUGUCGAUUUGCAGCUUCGGCAGGAGUUUAGACUUUAAAUUAGACUGGACAUCAGGGGUUUUAAAACCAGUGCUAGAUCGAACUCCCGUUGCCUUUUUGUUGUUCUUUCCGGAGGGAAAGGGAAGGGAUCAAUCAUCCAUCCAUCCAUGCAUGCAAUGUUCCCGGCAGAUCGAAAUCAAACAAGUGUCUAGCAAUUGUGUAUUUGCAUGCAGGGGAUUUUCCCGAUGUUUCACCGAGUCCUCCUCCUUGUCUCCUUGAAGCGUGGGCAUCGAAAUCAAAGAAGUGUCUAGCAAUUGUGUA